UCAGCUUGUGGCGGUAAAGCGCAUCUGGUUCACCAACCACCAAUAACACUAACGAAGAAGAAGAAAGCGGAAACCGGGAACCAGGAAGUGGAUGUCAACACGUCUGUGUUCUAGAGAACUCUGUUAUUAUCUAUUAUAUUAUACAUAUCUUAUAUAUUAGUCUGUCUCACUGACGAACCUCCAGCAGUAGCGGUUCUCCCGGUACUUCCGGUCCAAUAUGGCGGCGGUGGUGGACGUGGAGGAUGAGAGUAUUCUGGCCUCGAUCUUUAAGGACAGCUUCCCGGACAGCUGGAGGGACAACCAGGACUUCUCCGUCUACCUGUCCGAGCUCAGCUCCUUCGGAGUGGACAAGCUGAGCCGAGAGCCGGAGCGUCUGUCGGAGGAGCGGGCUCAGAUCCUCCAGCAGACCGAAGAACUGGCCUUCUGCAACUACCAGACCUUCAUCCGGACCGCAGACUGCACCCAGAACACCUACCGGGACUUUGGUCGCGUGGAGAGCAGCGUGACCCGGAUGUUGGACAAACUGCCGGGCUUUGGAGAGAGAUGCAGGUCCUUCAUGAAGGAGGCGGAGCAGAUCGGAGUCAGUCGCCGGAUGAACAGCCUGACGUUGAACCGUCACACUGAGAUCCUUGAGAUCCUGGAGAUCCCUCAGCUCAUGGACACCUGUGUCCGCAACGGGUACUACGAGGAGGCUCUGGAGCUGGCGGCCUACGCCAAGAGGCUGGAGAAGAAGCACUCGUCUCUCCUCGUCAUCCAGGGGAUCGUGCGUGAGGUGCGUCAGUCUGCUCAGCUGAUGCUGAACCAGCUGCUGCAGCAGCUCCGCAGUAACUCUCAGCUGCCCGCCUGCCUGCGUGUGAUUGGCUACCUGCGGAGGAUGGACGUGUUCACGGAGGCGGAGCUCCGGGUGAAGUUCCUGCAGGCUCGAGGCUCCUGGCUCCGGUCCAUCCUCGCCGCUGUGCCAGAGGACGACCCUUACUUCCACAUCACCAAAACCAUCGAGGCCUGCAGGGUCCACCUGUUCGACAUCAUCACGCAGUACAGAGCCAUCUUCUCCGACGAGGAUCCGGUGAACGAGGCGCCGGUGAACGAGGCCGCCAUCUUCCACGGCUGGGUGGUGCAGAAGGUGGCAGAGUUCCUGGAGACCUUAGAGAGGGAUCUGCAACGGGGCGUUGGGGGUCGCCUGGACUCCCUGCUGGGUCAGUGCAUGUACUUCGGUCUGUCCUUCAGCCGGGUCGGGGCAGACUUCCGCGGGCAGCUGGCGCCGAUGUUCCAGCAGGUGGCGGCGGAGAUGUUCUGCAGAGCCGUGCGGGAGGCGGCGGACAAGUUCCAGGAGGACAUGAACCGGUACACACUCAUUGCCCUGCCGUCUGUUUUAGGGGGGGCCCCCGGGAACCAGACCGGAACCCUGCAGCCCCCCAUGUCCCUGCUGGACUUCCAGCCGCUGGCCUGCUUCCUCAACAACAUCCUGACGGCCUUCAACGACCUGCGGCUCUGCUGCCCCGUGGGACUGGCUCAGGACGUGGCCUCCUGUCUUCAGGACGCCCUAAACACGGUGACCCGUCAGAUCCUGGUGUUCCACCGGGCCGAGGAGUCGGCCUUCAGCAGCAGAGAGAAGCAGCUCUUCCUCCUCUUCUGCUCGGCCUACGCUGAAGACCUGCUACCGUUCCUCAACCGCUGCCUGCAGGUCCUGUUUCCUCCGGCUCAGAUCGCACUCAUCCUCGGAGUUCCUCCCACUCAGCUGCACCGGUUCGGUGGUUUGGGCUCCAUUGACCUCGUCGUCGUCCUCCGACCGCUGGACUUCCUGCUCCCUCAGAGAGAGACCCAGAUCCAGGACCCGACCUUUGAGACCCAGAUCCAGGACCCAGGACCGGAGUCAGGAGGGCUGG